UCACAGCCCGAAUGGUUCUCUCUCUUAUGGCUUAUAACAGCACCUCUCCUGAGCUCAGCGGGACAGCAGGGAACCUUGUAACUUCACAAACGUAAAAAUUUUCGUCCUAAGAUCAGAAUUAUCUCCAAAUCCGCUGUUCUUGCAAGGCAGGGUGGAAUUCUUGAUGAUACAAUUUACCCUCAAGAAUUGAAAUCUAUGCAAAAAAUAGAUUUUUUCUUCCUUUGAUGGUCCAGCAGAAAGCAAAACAUUAGGUUACGGACUGUUCUGUAAUUAAUCUGCUAUGGCAGGGAGAAAUCGGAUGUUCCGUCAAACAGAUAAUAUCAGGGGCUUCCGCAAUGACCCACGGGCUAUAAUGCACCGAGGAGGUGGACCUCUACCUCCGCAUCCUGCAGUCCUUGAGGAGGAACUUGAAAUUCAACAUAGAGAUAUGCAAAAGAUUGUUGCCGAAAAUGGCCUCUUGGUUGAUGAGAAUGUGUUUCUUCAGAGUGAACUGACUGCUGUUAAGGACGAAAUUCACAGACUGAGUCAGGUCCUUCCUCAAAUAAGAGCUGAUAAAGAGGCACACACAAGGGAGUUGAUCGAGAGAGGAAUGAAGCUUGAGGCUGAGCUUCGCUCUGCUGAACCACUCAGGGCAGAGGUAGUCCAAUUAAGGUCAGAAUCUCAGAAAUUAAAUGCAUUACGACAGGAAUUAGCUGCCCAAGUUCAAGCUUUCAAUAAGGAUAUUAAUAGAUGUAAAGCUGAUAAUCAGCAAGUAGCUGCCAUGAAGGCUGAUAUUGAGGGGAUGCACAAAGAACUGAUCGAAGCAAGGAGCAUAUUUGAGUUUGAGAAGAAAGCAAAUGAGCAACUGGUGGAACAAAACCAAGCAAUGGAGAAAAACCUAGUCUCCAUGGCUCGUGAAAUAGAAAAGCUCCGAGCAGAGCAAGCUAGUUCAGAGAGGAGAGCACGUGGUCCUGGUAUUGGGACCUAUGGAAUGAUGAAUGGAAGUCCUGAAAUGAGAUAUCGAGGUAAUUCCUAUGGUGAUCCCUAUGGCAGUGGAGCUUGGGGAUCCUAUGAUAAGAGAGGGCUUCCUAGACGCUGAUCAUGUACAGAGAUGAUGAGUUUGCUUUUGAUCUGAGGAAAUUUCAGAAGAAAGCUUCUCAUUCACUACUGUUCAUCUUUGCUAAUGUGUACAGAGUCUCCAUCAAGCAAGUUUAUGCCUGAUCUUUCUGGAACUAAAAUACAUUGGCGGACUUUUUCCGGUUGCUAUAGCUGAUACAGGUUGAUGUACUAACUUUGUUCAUCCAUGUAAUAAGCUGGUUUUGAUAUGCACUUUUUCUUAUUUCUUUCUUGCAAAAAGUGCUGGUGAAAUUUGUACGACUUUAUGUCACCAACAACUAAUGUUGUCAUAUGACCUUUGUGCCGCCCGUGCAUUCGCGACCGUUCGAGAGAUCUACCAUUUUCUUAUGCUUUUGGAAUGUAAAAUUGGACUGCACAACGUAUUGCUGGUUUAUAUGCAUUGUUAUUGUCUCCCUUGAUACUGAGGCUGGAAA